AUGAAGGUUGGUGCCUUGCUUUCAGGUUUGUGUAUGCUCAGGAGUUUUACCCAACCAUGAUCAGUGAUGAUGACUCAACCAAACAUCACUGAACUCCACUGGGGACGAGGGAAGGCUUGUGAUGUGAGCUUUUCAUCAGCGUCGGACUGGACUGUGUUCACCUACUCACUCAGCCAUGGCAUGAGCCUCCAGUAUUAUUAGGAGCAACUUCCUCAUUUUGGCGGAAUCGGCACUCGGGACUCGACGAGGGUUGUUGGACCUGCAAAUAAAGUCGCCGUAUACACUCCGUACGUGAUCAACAAUACAUCAUCUUCUCCACUAUUCCGCACACGAGCUCCUUUUAAUUAAUGUGCGUUGAGAAGAAGAACACAAAGUGUCUGAAAGCUAGCACUGGAUUUCAUCUGUUUCGUUGUCUUGUCUCGAUCGUGAGAGUAUUCACGACAAACGUGGAGGACUUUGGGUGUUUUGAAAUUGAUAUCCGCUGAAGUUGCAAGAAGCCGAGUGCGCUGUCAAUAUUGUCCAGAGUGAAGUGGAGAUUGAGCGAAGUUUUGAAGCGAGGAGAGCGUUUAGGCGUUUGGAAGCAUGAAGUGUAUUCUAGCAUACGUUUCGUCUCUGGUCUUCAUCUGUGUGUUGCGUCAUCAUUACGUCAGCGGUGACGUCAUCGAAAUGGGGACCAUACUAAGUGAUGGUGACUCACUGACGGACGCAGUAACUACUGAAGCUAGUAAUGGGGCGGAUAAAAACGGAACUGGUUCAAACUGUCCACAAUUCUUCUCGAACGAAACUGGACAAGACAUCACGUGGCCAAAGACAACAUUUGGAAGUUCUGUCCGAAUCGUGAAAGAGAAGAGCAUUUGUGGUGCUGAAGCCGUGAGGGUGUGCCAAGAUGGAGGUGAAUGGGGACAAGUAUAUUUAGAGCCGGAACGAUGUCCGAGCGAUGUGGUGCUUAACUUCUUUGUGUACAUCGGUUACUCCGUAUCGCUGCUGGCGUGUAUUGUCGCCUUCAUUAUUUUUCUCCUAACAAGGUCUUCCCUGCGGACUAUAGGACACUACCAGUAUCAUAUUCACUGGAACCUCAUUACGUCAUUCAUUUUAUAUCACGUGGUAUUCCUCGUUGCCUUCUUCACAUCUCAACAAAAUCUUCUGAGAGAUUCGCCCAUAAUGAUGAACAUCAUCAGUGCUCUGUUAGUCUAUCUUGUCGUAGCAAACUUCUUCUGGAUGCUCGUAGAGGGCGGGGUUCUGUUGGUCCUGGUCGCGACGCCGUUUCCAGGGGAGCAAAGAGGGCGUGCUUUCGUGAAGUGGUUUAUACUCGGAUGGGGAGUACCAGCUGUUCUUGUAGUGUCUUGGAUUAUUGCUGCACACGUGUCAACACCGGCCGACAGAACUUUUAUGCUACAGAUUGGCAAUGGAGCGAUUGAAAACUACAUCUGUAUUGUUGGGCCUAUAUUCUUAGCUCUUCUGAUUAAUUGCAUUGUUGUUAUCGUUGUCAUGCGGAUACUUUGGCUCAAGCUUCAGGCUGACGACGUCCGAACGGGCAUAUCGGAGUCCACUAAGAAAUCAUGGCGGACAGCGAAGUCAACUUUUGUGCUAAUCCUACUCCUAGGUGUUUACUACCCACUUCCAAUGAUACUCUUCGUCUUCGAGCCACCGUACAAGUUAAUGUACGUGGUGUCUUUCUUCGGCACGAUGGUGUCCUCCGUGCAGGGUCUGGCUGUCAGUACAUUCUAUGUCUUCUGCAAUGCUGAGGUAUGUGAUCAGGUGAGACGAGCUCUGAAGAAUCGUCACCGACAAUGGAGAUACAAGUCUUCCAUGAAAUACUCCGUCCGUUUGUCAUCCCGUAGCUCCAGCAAGAGCGCCACCCCGCGGCACAGCAAGUCACACUCUUCCAGCGACAGUUGCGGGAAGCGUCCCGUCAAAGACGGCGACGAGAUCGAGACGACGCUAUCCUCUGACGUCAACUCUAACGUCAACCAAUCACAGCAGAGGGAGAUGUGCGUCAUCAUGGAGAACCAAGUGCCGUUGGCUGCGGGAGAGUCGUACGGGAGUAUACGCGGGUACGUCAGGCUGAGUACCAACGAGCCCGAAGACGUGUAGAGGGGUGAUGCCAUCGGGGGGGGGGGCGUAGAUAGACUGGGCCCCAAGGAUAAAGACAGGUUUUUAAUUAACAUUAAUUAACACGGGGUGGUUCAAAAGAGGGCACUAUCAGAAGAAGUUUGUGCACAGUUCGACGUAUGGGGGACAGAAUUUCCUGCCAAACCA